GACGAUGACGAGAUGAGCGAGGCGGAGGAGGGGGCCAACCGUUCUCAGAACAAGCGUCGAUGCAGCUUCGGGUCCGAUGUGGAGAAGCCCAGUAACUCCACCCCGAAUGAGAAGAAGCCGAAGAAAGCGUGGUUCGACCGCGAUGCCUCCAUCACUUCGGCCCUCAAACAGCACCAAACAUGGGUCAAGGCUACUCGUGCAUCGAUAACCUCCACAAUCCAGCAGCUACAGGACAGCUUGGGUAAGGUCACUGCCGACGUCGAAGACGAGGUGAGAAAUGAGGCGAAGUUGGCCAAAAACAGGCUGCACGCCCUCAAGUUAAUCUUGGGGAAGCCGGAGGAUGGGGAGCAGCCCGGUGGCCAGUUUUCCGAUGUUGUGGUCAGUGCAGAUGGCGACUCCAAGCCCGACAAGGAGAGCCAGAAAGAAGCCGGGACCACUGACCAGGCGAGCCAGAAAGAGGCCGCUGACCAGGCCCAGCCCAAUGCAGAUCAAGCCAAGGAGGCGGAGAAGACCAGCGACGCCAAGGAGGAAGCCACCAAGGAGACCAGCGAGGAAGCCAAGCCUGACCCCGACGUGAAGGCUCCCAGCACUGUCGCCAAGUUCGUUGCAGAUAAUGGUGGUGCGCAGAAGGCUUUGCGGAAGUACAUUGCUUCCUUCUCCACGGACGGCAAGAAGACUUUGGGUGGAGCACCGCCUUGCCGCAGCUACCAAGCCUUGAUCGUGAUUUCGGAGUUUGACGACAAAGCCACUGAGAUCGAGGAGGCAGAGACGAAGGAAGCCCUUGUCGCCAUCCAGAAUGGGAUGAAAAUCUUCAAGAAUGCCUACGCUGACCUUUUGGCCAUGGCGCGGGCAGCAAAGAACAGGCUCGAGUCGUCCAUCACCGACGUCAAGAGGCAGCAGCAGAGGGCUAAGGACAUCGAGAAUGGCCAGAAGGCGGCAGCAACCCGCGGACGCCCCAGGAAGUCCGCUCAGCAGCAGAAUGCUGCUUUGUUUGUGGAUAGCCCGGAAGUUGUCGGCAAGGACAUCCCAAGCGUGCAAGCAGAUGGCUAUGUACCGCCAGCGAUGGACCAUGCGAAGCCGCACAUUGUCCGCUUGAGCCAGGAAGUGAUGAACAAGUUGGCUCCGUUGAAGCACACGUUGGCCAGCCUGGAGACCAAGUUCAAGGGUGAUACGAACAAGCUCGAGGCUGGUAGAAGCCAGCGUCUUUUGCCGCCAGACCAGCGUGAGCUGGUCGACGAGGUGUUGGAGACCUUGUUCCCCCCCAAUCACAUCCUCCCGAAAGACAAGAUCGUCGAGAAGCUGAAGGCAGAGGUGCUGAUGCCCAUUGGUUUCGUAAUCGCGACAGCCUGUGUCACUGCGUCUGCAGAGAGUGCUCACCUCCCUACCUGCAGACUGGGGAUUUCCGGCAACCGUCAAGUCGUUUGUAUCCCGACCCUGCACUUGCUUGCGUUGCUGAACAAGGGCUGUGAGACCAAGGCCGAUCUUGCAAGGGCAUAUCACUUCUUGAAAACCGCUUCCCUGAAGACUUUCCAAGAAGGGCAGCAGGGCGAUGACAGCUGUGUCUACCAUGCGACGGUGGGCCCAGGCGACCUUCUCUACCUCCCGGCCGGUUGGUGCUUCUUUGAACGAGUUGCCGGCAAGAGCAACUACUUGGGGGUGAAGAUCCAGCACUUGAGCUUGCAAUCCUUGCCCGUUCUCCGCAACAUCAACUCCUACUUGUUGGCGAUCUCGAAGCCGAAUUCCAACCUUCAGAGUGCCGUGGAUUGUCUCACAAGGGCGGAGACCUAG